AUGUUACAAACGUUUGGAAAAUAUGGGACCUCGGAUGUGUUGGAGCAAUUAAGGUGCUAUGAGAUUGAGAUGCGGCGUCAGGCUCGGAUCUCAGCUGAACGCGCAAUCGUUGUGCGUACCGCUUCCGCUCUACAAGUAUGGCUGUGGUUGCUGAUUUUCGUAUUUCAGAAUGAAUUCGGCAUAUCGAAGUCCAUUCAACCAGGCUACUUGGACUUCGAUAAUCUGCCUGAGACCAACUUUACAUGCAAUGGCAAAGUUAUCGGUGGAUACUACGCAGACUUAGAGACUUCGUGCCAGAUGUUUCACGUUUGCACGGUUGGCCAACAAGAUGAGCCCAUGGAUAUUAAGUUCCUUUGCCUUAAUGGCACUGUUUUCGAUCAGGAAACACGAGUAUGUGAAAGAGUAGACGAAGUGGAUUGCACAAAAUCUGAAAAAUUCUACAGCUUAAACUUAGAGUUAUACGGCAGUACAGCACCGCCCAUCAUACAGCCAGAUAAGAGUAGCACUCCAAAUAGUCCAACAGAACAAUCACACAGCAUAACUACUAAAACAAAUACGGAGGAUUUAUUAGAUCCUUCCGUAAAUGAAAUGCCUACAACAACAAAUGACAAGAUACAAGCAAUAUCUCCAGAUGUAUUAGAUUCUACGGAAGACCCAAUACAAGAAAUAAAGAAAAAUGACCCGAAAAUAGCCCAAAGCUCAUCGUCACAUCCUUUAAAACAAAAUGCGGAGCGUAACGAAGAAUAUCAAGAUGAAGACGAAGAAACUGAGGAAUACGAAGAGGAUUACUCGAAUCAUUUAACUACAUCGACUGUGCAGACAAUUAUUACAACAACGUCAACAACAACUGUAGAACCAACCUCUAGCACAACGUCAACUGUUACCACCAAUAGACCGUCGGCUAUUCCUCCCCAAAUAUCUUCAACUUCGCCGAUAGCUUCCCCACCUUUACCCAACAUACAUCCUUCAUCAACGCCGUCCGCUCAACCGUUGACUACUAUUGAUCCGUCAUUACUUUCCCCCCAAGAAUUCAUUUAUCGUCAUCGUGGACCAGGUUCUGAGGCUAUUUCCUUUCAGCGUCAGAGUUUUCGUCCCGCUGAUGGAGUUUACAUUACUCACGCGCCACCCCAACAAUUUGACCACUUUCAAUACGAGUCUUCAAGAACUGCACCGCGCCCAGUAAAUCGGCCUACUCCAUUCGUGCAAAGGCCACAACCAUUUCGGGCUACAACUCUUGACCCCCGAGAUCAAAUUCUGCGCCCUGGACCGUCCUCUCAGCCGUCUGAAAGGCAUGAAACGUCCGUUAAGCAUCGUCCACAGCCUUAUCCUUCAGCAUUACCACCGCAACAUGCCUUACCUUUCAACCCUUUUUACUUCGAUCGAAAACGAAGCGAUGAUUUAUCAUCAGAAAAGGAAACACCCCCCAGUGCUCGAUCAGUAGCACCGCCAACUGUAACAGAACGACCUCCAAUCAAACCUAAAAGUCCUCCGCGAGUCAUCGUCACCGCUAGUGCCUCUGUUAGUGACAGCAAUGGAAAAAGAUUGAACUACACUGUUGGAAACGUAGUGAGUGCGGUGAAACCUAUUGUUGCUAUAAAUUACGAUGACUAUAAAGAAUCAGAUCUUAUUUUCGAUCCUUUCUUCCUCGAUGUGCCAAAAUUAAAUAAACGAAGGAAAACGAGGUCUAAUAGCCCUAGAAAAAUAUUCACGGUUCCUGCAACUGCUACUGUACCAACUAGUUUGAUUCCUAAAAAUAGUGUAAAACCAACGCUCUCCCCUGUCACUUCAAGAGCGACAACUAUAAAAAUUUCAUCAACCACGCCUUCGACGACGACCACAACGGCAGCUUGGAAUCCCGAGGACUAUGUCGAUGACAACUACGAGCCCCACGCUUAUAUGCCACCAAUUCCCCCACUCGCAGUUCUCGUAGCCCAAGAACGCGUUAAACAUAGAAAGUUAGAAAUGCAACCGGAUAACGAAUUAAGUAAGACUAAAAUUAAUGUAAUAGAAAUGUCGACAUCAAAUGGUCCAAAGGAACAAUCCUGGCCGACCCCGUCUGCAGUGCAGACGAUCUCUAGUCAAAGUGCGGGUAUGGAGGCGGCGGCUUCUGCCACUGAUGUCACUUCAUCGUCGCCUUUCAGGGCGCCCGCCUGCGCCUUAUCGCGCUCCAAUGACUGUCGGAAUCGUGCC